CGCCGAGCGGCCGAGCCGCCGCCGGCACCCGCAGCCCCGGCGCCUGUCCCGGAGGGCGCCCGGGAGGAAGCAUGUGGGCCGCGCGCUGCGCUCUGCUCGCCGCCCUGGUGGCCGCCUGCGGGGCCACCGCCACCGUCCGCGACUGCCCGGCGCUGGAGGUGCCGAACAACGUGCUGGCCAAGCUGCCAGGGGCCAGCGUCAACCUGACCUGUCCGAGGAACGGCUCUCGAGACCGCAGGCCCGUCCACUGGGAGCUGCACACCGAGGCGCCCCGGCGCCUGAGCAUGGCCGUCCUCCAGAGGCCCACGCUGGUGCUCCACGGCCUGCGGCCCGGCGACUCCGGGAACUACUCCUGCUUCAGGGCCAACCACCCGGCGGGCAUCCUGCGGCUGCUGGUGGAGGAGGCACCCCCCGAGGAGCCCCAGAUCUCCUGCUUCCGGAGGAACCCGUUCAACAAAGUCACUUGUGAGUGGAGGCCGCGGGCCAGCCCCUCGCCCGCCACCAAGGCCAGGCUGCUGGUGAAGAACUUCCCGCAGGAAGGAGGCUUCCGUCCCUCCCAGCAGCCCUGCCUCUACAGCCCGCCUCUGCAGGCCUUCUCCUGCCAGCUGCCGGUGCCCGAGGCCGACAACUCCAGGUACACGGCGACCCUGUGCCUCGCCAACACUGCCGGGAGCAGGAGCAGCAGACCCCUGUCCUUCUGGGGGUACGAAGUCCUGCAGCCGGAUCCUCCGGCCAACAUCACGGUCACCGCGGUGGACGGUAACCCCCGCUGGCUCCGGGUCAGCUGGCGAGACCCCCCCUCCUGGAACACAAACUUCUACCGGCUGCAGUUCGAGCUCCGCUAUCGGGCGGAGCGGUCCAAGGCCUUCACCACCUGGAAGGUCCAGGAAGCCGGGCACAGCUGCAUCAUCCGGGACGCCUGGAGCCGCCUGAGCCACGUGGUGCAGAUGCGCGCGCAGGAGGAGUUCGGGAUGGGUCAGUGGAGCCCCUGGAGCCCCGAGGUCAGGGGCACCCCGUGGACAGAACCCAGGACUUCCGAGGAGACCAGCGCCCCCCAGUCCGUGCAGGCACUCAAGACUGAGCCCGACGAGGACGUUAUUCUCCCUGUGGACCCUGUGAACACAACAAGCCUCCCUGUGCAAGAUGCUUCAGCUCCCCUGCCCGCGUUCCUGGUGGCCGGAGGAAGCCUGGUCUUUGGAGCCCUCCUCUGCAUUGGCAUCGUCCUGCGGUUCAAGAAGACGUGGAAGCGGAAGUCCCAGAAAGAAAGCAAGACCAGUGCGCAGCCGCCGUAUUCUCCGGGGCAUCACAUCCCCGAGGCCCCCCCAGUGCUGGUUCCCCUCAUCUCCCCCGUGGGGCCCCCCAGCAGCUUCGGGCCUGAUGGCGUCUCAGGACACGGCCUGCUGGAGGCAGGGCCCUCUCACGGGCCCUAUGAUGUCAUCAACAGAGACUACUUCUUCCCCAGAUAGCUGGGGGCACCAGCCCAGCAGGCUGCGUGGGGGGCCACGUCUGCUGAGCUUGGACCAUGUGGCACCUCUGCCACAGCCGCUGCGUCUCACUCAGGGCGGGGGGGCUGGGACCCCUCUCAGGGGCCUCUCGAGACGAGUCUGCUGGAACUCGACACAAGGCCCUGCUGUUUCUGAUCCGGCCUCUCUGAGCACUGUUCCCAGGACUUGAGGGCACUCAGCCCCUGCAUCUGAGAGCCGUGACCACGGGCUGCAGGUGCUCACAGGCCCACAGGCCAUGCCAGCCACGCCACUUCCGGCCCACCUCGCAUCCGCCUCUGCUGCACGCCUUUACAGCCCAAGUGCCUUGGCCUCCAGCCUCUCGGGCUUGGCUGGACGUCGCAUGUCUGGAUCCACGGACUCUGGGGGCGUCGGCCCGUCUUUCUGCCCCCGACCAGGAGGGCCCGCGGGUCCGAGUGGAAUUGCACUGAGCUCGAGAGCAUUUUCAGUGGUGGAUAAUCACGGACCUUGGGAGGAGAGAAGCAGAGAAGGGACACGGGGAGUGUGUGGUCCCGGUGGUCAGAGGCAAAGGGGACAGGGGGCCAGCAGCCUCUGGAAACCUCCUCUUCCCCCAGAGAACUGGCCCCGGGGCUCUGCCCCUGGAGACGUGAAACUGUUCUCUCUCCAGUUUUGUUUAUUUGCUUUUUUUACUGAGCCUUGAGUAACCAGGGAAGAUAAUAUUUAUGUGAAAAGACAAAAGAAGCCGACGAGAGUGUAUUUUCCUUCGGCUUUUGAGAAAGUGCUGUUUUAUCUCGAGAAGGCUGGGCGACCCGCGGGCCCAGGGGCUGAGCCGCACAAACACGGCUGGGAAACGCGCACAUUUCCUGUAGCUCCGCUGUGAGCUGGGUGAGAACAGGAGGAGGAGAGGCCACGCUUCCCUCAUUUCGGGAAGAGACCGCUUUCUUUCUUGACCUGUCUCUCUCUCUCACACACACACACACACACACACACACACACACACACACACACACACACACACACACACACGAGCUGCUGUGUCUUGUCUGACUGAGAAGGCUCUGCCGUGUGUGGGAAGGAAAUGGUAUCCAACUCCCCCAUACGGUUCUGGGAAGACCCCUCCCCAUUGCCAGGCAGGCCCGCUGCAAAGCCCCAUCCUUCAAAUUCACGGCCCCCUGCUCUCAGAGAGGGGCACCCUCCGAGAAUCCGAGACCUUGCCCUUCCUCCUUACAGGAUGCCUCACAUCUUCCAUUUGGCUGGCAUUGGAAACCACCGCCCCCGCCCCCGCCCCCGCCUCCCCCUGGUCCAGCCAGGAUACUGCUGACCACGCCUGCUCAUUUUUCUGGGGGUUUUGAGAAUUCAUUAAUGUUCACGGCUCCUGGGGCAAGCAUGCCCGAGAAACACGCGGUAUUACAGUGAAGGAAACAUGCCUCGGAGGAGCUGGGAGCUCUGGGGGAAAUCGCCUUGGCCAGGGAGGCCGGGCAAGAGGGAAGCAGAGCGGCUCAGGGCUGUCCAGACUUCAUCACCAGCAGGCAGGGCCCCUCUCUGCUCCCGGGACCCCGGCCUCACACUGUGGGUCAGCCUGCUCGAGUCCGCAAAAGCCAGCACCGGUUCUUCUGUUGUUACUCUGAAGCACGGCUUGGACCGUUCUAAAGGCCGGGGUGGCUCAAGGGAACUGCGGGUCUGUGCCCGCUGUCCUUCAGCCCACUCCUCCCGGGCUCCCCCUCACGGUCCACGUCAGUGACCCACACACGGCGAGUGGGAGAUGUGGAAUCCAGAGGCGCUCACGGCUGCCCAGAACCAGGCCACGUCAGUCACACCUGCCAUGGUUCUCGUUAUUACUGCAGCGAAACUGCUCGACGCAGCGACGGUGAGGAAGGGUUUUCCCCUUUAUUUUUGUCUGCGUUUACUGAGAUGAAGGAAAAGUAUUUGUUUUCUCUCUGGGUCUCAGGCUCUGGGCUGUGCGCCCCGGCAUGAACCCAACCGUAGGUGUCUCUGCCCGCAGGCCCACCGCCCGUGGACGUGGUUCCUGAAGCACGGCUUCCCUUCUCCAUGGGAGGAGAUCCCCCCCUGAUCCCCCCUGAUUGGGAUCCCCUCUUGAUCCCCCUGCGCCUCGCCCCGUGUACUGUCUGCCACACAACCCCGAGUGAAUGCCGGGACUGUAACAGUUAGUGUGAAGCAGGCCAAUUUCCAGGGGGGCUGAGGAGGUGGCCGAGCUGUGGAGCCCCGGUGGGGUCCACUCAAGGAUUGACCCCAGCACUGCAAGAGAAGAGAACUGGGUCUGAAGGGGAGUCGCUUCAUCCUGUAGCAUUAACGAAGCGGUUCUGCCGGGGAUCUGGUCCUCACGGCUUGGCUCUGCUCUGCAGGAUCUGGCCUCUCCAGACCUGACCCGUUGGCAGGUGUGGGGUCCGCAGGUCUCGCCGUCGUGCUGUCACCCCCUUGCUGCCCGCAGCGUGAGUGUGCUGGAGGGAACCAGGCCGGGCCCAGACGGGGUUAGGGUGGUUUGUGGGUUUCUGUGGAACGUUCACCAAUGUGCCGCUGCCCCCCGGGAGGGGCCGUAUCACCUCGCCGAAGGCGCAGAGGCCGAUGCUCCUGGGCCUUGUGGGAACUGAUGAGAAAUUUAUCCUGAUGUGGAGCAGUGUCAGCAACCAGUCUCGGAACUGAGGGAGCCCCCGGCCGAGCGUUCCCGGCAGGGGCCGGAGGUGGGCUGCAGGGGAGGGCAGGGCCAGUAGCUCCGGCACAGCCCCUCAAGGUCCUUCCAGAAUCUAGUCCCCAGGGUGGCCUAGUGCCAGAGCCAGCAGGUUGCCGUGGCAACCUCGAUGCUUAUUAAGAGUGCGUCAGUCGUAGGAACAUAUGCUCGGGCUCAGCAAGGAAGGCCUGGAGCAGAGCAGAGCAAGGCUGCUCAUGAGAGGCCGUGUUCGGACGGAGAUCACACGUCUGUUAAAUAGUAUACCUCAACUUUAUGAUACGUGUUGUUUUGUUUUUGAGAGAGAAUAAUAGUUUCAGAUGUUAUUUUUGUUUUUACCUAACUCAGCUAAAGCUAUACCAAAGGCUGAUGUCUGUAUUUGGGGCAAAGGGUCAGUAUAUGUUUCUCACUGCUUUUUCUUUUGACCAGCUGUUUUGCAUUUCAAAUGAACAUUGUGAAGAUGUAUUUGCAAUAAAUAAGGUCUA